AUGUUGGCGGAAAUAUUACACUCCCUGGCGAAUGACUCCAAUGACUCGGACGGUGUAGCGCAACUGGUUGUGACGGCUCUCGGUUCUAAUGGGCAGCAUUAUAUCUGCUGGAAGACUCAUUCCGGCGAAUACAGACAACGGUCCCACGGCCUUCCCAAAGCUCUACAAGACUGGCUCUUCCCAGCCGACAGCAGCACGCGCGACUUCGAGACUCUACAGGUAAUCCUCUCAGGCGAAGAUACAUUUUGGGCGUCGGACCGAAAUGGCGAAAUGCGCAGUGAGCCCUCAGGCACGCAACAGCGAUUGCGACGGGCUUUGACCAUUUCCGGAGAGACGCCAGCCGCCGUGAUCAACAAGCGAAGGAUGAGUAGGGCGCGGGAGCUUUCCGAAGUAAUCGGGGAUUCGGAACGGCCCCGUUCUAGUACGCUUCCAUCAAGUAUAUCACCGACGACAACGACGGUGGAUCAUCUCCCGGGCCCGCACUUGAAUUUGAAACCGCCGCCGGCUAGCCAUAGUAGGUCAUCGUCAGCCGAUAAAUUGCGACGGAUUGCUUUGGUACCUCUAGCAUUUCACCAGCAGAGACGGUCAUGGGCGACGCGACCGCGGAGCUUAGUACAUGGGCACGAGGAUCUCGGCGUGGUGAAGGAACAGCCCAGCCCGCGGAAAAGCGAUACUCCAGUGACACCAGCACCAGCAGUGACCAGGGUCGCAGCGAAACCUCCAAGUCCAGCUCUAGCGCCGGUGCCGGUUCCCACAUCAAUACCCACGAAAGCCUCCGGUCAGAGUUGUACAUGCGGUCAUCACCACGAUACCGCCGCAGGAAUCCUAAAAUUCAGGUCGAAUGUACAUGCAAAAGCCAGAUCAGGCUACGCAGACGCAAGCGUCCAAACAGAUCCGAGCCCAGACCCCGACCCCGAAGACAGCAUAGAUGAAUACCACUACCAUCGCCGGCGGAGACAACAUCACGAGCGGCGUGAAUCCACUUUAUCAGUCACCAGCACAGCCGACUCAUACCGAUCCUCGUACCCCAGCAGCAAGCGAUCGAGUUUUGAAACCGUGACCACGCAACCUGACCCCAUCGAAUGGGGCGAAAAGGGAGGUGAAGAAGACUGGCAACCGAUACAACAGCACUGGGAGCAACAGAUAAAUCCCGUGAGAAUGGGGCGGAUGCAGGAUUACUUCCGCUCUUCGACGUAUACGCUAGGAGCUGCGUUACAACCACAGGGGUUCAUAUAG